AUGCAUCGUUGCUUUCAUGAAUACAUGACAUCUCCAUCCCCUCCUGUCGACUCGUUGUUGUUGUUCUUGCAUCAAAAGGAUGUUUGGAUUAACAGCAUCUUUCCAUUUUUGGGAAUGGGACACUUUGCCUUUGUUGGAUUGGCCAACAAGAAACUGAGCAACCUCUACAGGGAGUUUUGUGAUUCGGUGGAGAGCCCUCCAAGGGUCUACGAUGAUGAGAGUGAGGAUCAGCGCUUGGCAACUAGCAGAGAUACAUUCUACAGAGUUGCAUUCUCUAAUGUUCCAUCUGCCGAGUUUUGGGAACGGGACACUUCCAGUGGCAAAACCCCCAACCCAGGCCAACUCUGUACUAAAAUUGUUGAAAAUGGAAGCCUGCCAACUCUACAAUGGUCCCACAAGAAAGGAUACCCAUGGGACGACAAUACAGCCUGGACUGCUGCUAACAAUGGUCAUUUGGAAAUCCUCAAAUGGGCUCGUACAAAUGGAUGCCCAUGGGAUGAAGAGACAUGCACCUCGGCUGCGCACAUGGGCCAUCGGGACAUUCUGAAGUGGGCCCACGAAAAUGGAUGCCCUUGGGAUGUAUGGACCUGCUAUUUUGCUGCUUUGAAUGGUGAUUUGGAAACUCUCAAAUGGGCACACAAAAAUGGUUGCCCAUGGGAUGAGAAAACAUGUGCUGCCGCUGCACAACAUGGUCAUAUGGAUGUGUUGAAAUGGGCCAGAGAAAACAACUGUCCUUGGGAUAUUGCCACAUGCUGCAGUGCUGCCGGAAAUGGUCAGUUGAAAACUCUGAAGUGGUCACAUGAGAAUGGAUGCCCCUGGGAUGCCAGCACAUGUAUGGAAGCUGCUGGUGGUGGUCAUUUGGAAACAUUGGAGUGGGCCCGUGAAAAUGGAUGCCCCUGGGAUGCAAGAACAUGUACAGAAGCCGCCAGAAAUGGCGAGUUAAAAACUCUAAAGUGGGCACAUCAAAAUGGAUGCCCCUGGGAUGCCAGCACAUGUAUGGAAGCUGCUGGUGGCGGUCAUUUGGAAACAUUGGAGUGGGCCCGUGAAAAUGGAUGCCCCUGGGAUGCAAGAACAUGCAGGAAAGCUGCUAGAAAUGGCCAGUUGAAAACCCUCCAGUGGGCACGUGAGAAUGGAUGCCCAGAAGAGGAGUAG